AUUUAAUUAUUCUCCUCUGCUUGCAUGUUAUUUUGGAUUGCCUCCCUAGUCAGCUUUUUGGCGAGGAGGAUGAGGAUCAGGAAGUGUCACCUGACACAGCUGACCCUGAGGCUGCUUGUCUCACAUGCAGGACCUGAAGGACAUGGCCAAUAAUGUUCACUAUGAAAACUACCGGAGUAAGAAACUAGCAGCUGUCACCUGCAACGGGGUCGACGCCACCAAGAACAAGGACCAGCUCACAAAGAGUCCCCUGGCCCAGAUGGAGGAGGAGAGGAGGGAGCACGUGAUGAAGAUGAAGAAGAUGGAGACAGAGAUGGAGCAGGUCUUUGAGAUGAAGGUCAAAGAAAAGAAGCAAAAAAUGAAGGACUCUGAGGCAGAGUUGGAGCGGCGUCACGAACAGAUGAAGAAGAAUCUAGAAGCUCAGUAUAAAGAGCUUGAGGAGAAGAGGCGCCAGUUUGAGGAGGAAAAAGCCAACUGGGAGACCCAGCAACACAUCCUGGAGCAGCAGAAACUUGAUGCAUCAAAGACAAUGGAAAAGAACAAGAAAAAAGGAAAAAUCUUUUAAAGACAUCAUGAAGCUCCAUUCCUUAUAAAACCAGAAACUCCUUGCAUCUCUUUAGAUGUUCUGAUGUUUUAUGACCCCAUAAGAAACACAUGCUGGAGUGCUACAUCACAGUUUACUGCACAUUCCAUUUCAACAUGAAUGAAAGGAAUGAAAUGUAGGAUAUUUUUAUAGUCACAUCCACACACGAUAUCAUCGCCCUCUUCUGGUUGAUUAUUAUAUUGCACCACAUGCCCAGUAUUUCAAGUGUAUGUUCUCCACCUUUUGAUUAGAGUGAGAAUAUUGACCUUUGAAACUUUAAAUAUAAACAAUACUUCAUGUUCGUAAUAAUUUCUGACAGUACAGACAGACAUUUUCAGCUCUGCUGUCCACAUUCACACAUCUUAGUGUUAAGAUGGUCUCGUGGUAGGUUCGUAUGGCUGUGAUGGAGAAUCAGACAGACAGACAGAAACAAGUGCAACGAAUUAAUACAGAGCUAAGCAUGUAUGUGUUGAAAAUUAAAGCUAUGGAUCAAUGGUUUUUGUUCUCUGCUGGUGUGUGACAUGAUGUGUGUUUCUUUGGGGUCAUAAACAUUUGAAGACCUGUUUUAACAUUAUUGCACAGCUAAAUUAUGACAAUAACAGUUUCCAUGCGUUUAAACCCUUUUGCUGGCUGUGUACGUAGAUAAUUGUGUCCCUACCAUAGAUGAGGUUAUACAAAAUGGCGUGAUGGUCCAUAUUAAUAACAAUAGUCAUUUUUUGAUAUGGAUGGAUAUAAAAUAAUUACAGUAAAAUUAUAGGAAGUUGCUAAAACAUUCUGCCUUAAAAUUGCAGACUUUUACGGCAUUUGUCUGCUCAUGUUUUAUUCUCUUUUUUUUUAUUGUGAACCGAUUAUGUUAGAUGUCCCUCAAUCUAUUCCUAAACUGAUCUGAGACCAGUUUGUUUCAUUUUAAUAGUUGGGACUUGAAUUUUUAGUUGUUAUGGCUGGUCCUAGAUCAGGGCUUGGUGCUCACUUUUAACCCGAGUGAGUUCAGUAUAUCUAAACAGAUGUUAUUUUAGCCAUACUCACCCAGAUUACCCUUUAUAAUAAACUCACUUUACAUUCUAAAUGUAAAUGAGAGUGGAAGCGCUCUUUGUUUCUGUCGGAUAGUUUAGAUUUAUAACACACAGGCUCCAGUUCUAACACAUGCCAAACAGACAGCAACGUGCACAAAACUCUCAAUGCAAAGGACAAUAAAGAGUCCCUGUAUGCCUCGAGAUCACACACUAUUAUAUAUUUUGAAGGUUAGUCAUUAUACAAGUUUGAACACUCUGUUCUUCCUGAUGU